UACGGACCCUUUCUUUCAUGACACCGGAGGUAAGCAGUUCCAAACAACAUGGAUACGUAGGAAAGAGUAGUGAUUUUGUUUAAACACAGCUUUCUUUUACGAGCUGAAUAGUUCAGUUAAACAAAGGUGCCGUAACAGAACAGAAGCUGCGACAGACCAACAUGGCUGAACAAAACCUGUUGUUUAUAGAUAUUGACCCAAAGACAGACAAGUCUGCUGCUGAUCAGAGGCUCUGGACUCGUAGUGACAAUAGCUUCAGAUUCAGCUUCAUCCCUGACAACUCUCCAACUCUUCAGGAGACGACACGUCCGGUGCCUGACAGGACUGCACCACACACACAAAGCCAGACAUCUGUUACUGAAGCAGGCACUGCUUUUGUCUUUAACUUUCAAAUUCCUCCUGCUGCUGCACCUGUUGAAGUGAUGGAAACAGCAGAGACUUUAGGCACUUCAAUGGAAGAGAAAGUGGAACAAACAUCUUCAAAGGUAGGGGUUACGUCUCCACCUGAGCCACUAGUGCUGUCCAAAUCAAAGAAGAAGAAGAAAUCAAAACAGGUUGUACAAGAUACACGGGCAACAGAGGAUCCAGAGGGGGGUGGUCAAAGAGGUGCCGACCCUGAGCUGAGUGAAGAAGAGCAGUUUAAAAGACAGCUGGACUGGUGCAUAGAGCAGCUGGAGCUGGGGCUGAGAUCCCAAAAGGCCACACAAAAACAGAAGGAGGAGGCCUCACGUGCCCUCAAAACUCUACAUAGCUCUAAAGCUCCUCUGGUCAAGAAGCGACAGGUGAUGAGGGCCAUGGCUGGGGAGUACCGGAAGAAAAUGGACGAGGAGAAAAACAAACAGUUUAGGCUAAUUCAGAGUGAAAUUGCAUCAGCACGGGUCAAAGUUGUCUCGGAUGUUUCAAAGAAGCCCGUCUUCCAUCGGAAGGCCACAGCCAAAGUCCAAACUUUAAACACAGAGGGAAACUCAGAGCAAGCUAAGGUUGCACAACAGAUCACACCGACUCUAGAGGAGACACCAACUCUCAGUUUUACUCCAUCCAAGGAGGAGUUUCGCUUCAACUUUCUGUGACUUUCUUUGGUUUUAUCCCUUCAGUUGCAGACAUUUUACACACUGUUAAUUGCAGGCAAAACUGAUCAGAGAAGGGACUUUAUAUAAACUGAUGCCGCUUGGAGGUUUUCUGAAUAAAUAUUCUUGUAUCACUG